CAGCUGUUUUACAAACGUUUAACUUUGUUUAUUAAUCAAUUGUGUUCUAAUUUUACAAAUUAAUUUCCGCCAACUUUUUAAUAAAUAAGCUAUAAUAUAGAUUAAAACAACCAGCGGCAUGUCUGAUAAUGAAUAUGAGCGAUUUGAAAUAACAGACUACGAUUUAGACAAUGAGUUUAAUCCAGGUCGAAGGCGGAAUCUGUCGAAAAAUCAACAAAUCUACGGCAUUUGGGCCGAUGAUAGUGAUAAUGACAGCGGCGAGGAAACCACUCGUCGUGGACGACGUGGCCGCAGUGGGCUCGGUGGCAGUGGCGGUAGUAAAUCUAAAGAUUAUACAGCACCAGUUAGUUUUGUAGCUGGUGGCAUACAACAGGCGGGUAAGAAAAAGAAAAAGGCUGAGAAAGAUAAUGCAGAACAGCAAAUAACCGAUGAGGAAAGUGAUGAAGCAGAGGCACGUCCCUCCUUCGGUCGCAAAAAAGUGGAGGCAGCUGAUGGUGGCAGUAGUGGUUCAGAAACUAGUUCUGAUGAUGAACGCACGCAGAAGCAGCGCGCUGAAGUUGGUAGACAACAGCGUAGUCAAAAUGCACGACAAAUGGGAAAUCCCAAUGUUGGCGCUUGGGAGCAACAUACACGUGGUAUUGGCGCUAAAUUGCUGCUACAGAUGGGUUAUAAACCAGGUAAAGGUUUGGGCAAAGAUCUACAGGGUAUAUCACAACCGGUGCAAGCACAUGUGCGUAAGGGGCGUGGUGCAAUUGGUGCUUACGGACCAGAAGCGGCAGCGAGUGUGGGUGGUAAAGGGCCGGUGGUCAAAGAAGAUGAAGACGUACGCGAAGCGAAAGAGUUCAAAGAGAAGCUUAAUAAAUGGAAAAAGAGCGGUGACACGCGUCAAGACAAGAGCAAACGUUAUUACUAUCGUUCCGUUGAGGAGGUGAUUGAGAAGGGCAAAAAGGGAAAUUUCAUGUUAUCGGAAAAAAUUAGCAAAAAGAUUGGCAAUGUGCCCGUUAUCGACAUGACUGGCCCGGAAAAGCGCGUUUUAAGCGGCUAUCAUGCGCUGGGCCAAGCAAAAGUCGCCGAUGAAGAUCUCUAUGACUUGGAACAAGCCGUCGCCAGCAGCAGCAUUACCGCAAAGAAAGGCAGCACAUUUGCCUUGCCCGAAUUGAUGCAUAAUCUCCAACUGAUUGUGAAUAUGUGUGAACAGGAUAUAAUUGCGCUCGAUAAAGCAGAGCGUGAGGCCACUGAUCGCCAGGAAGCGCUGGAACAUGAGCGCAAAAAUCUCGAUGAAAUAGUGCACCUCGAGAAGAAUCACAUCGAUACGCUCGAACAAGCUUUGAAGCUUGUAGAAGAACUAACAACCAGCAAUGAUAUGACACUACAACGUGCAGAGCAGAUAUUCGUCACGCUACAGCGCGACUACGCAGCCGAGUACAAAGAGUUCGCUUUAGGUGAUUUAGCCGCAGGCGUUAUUGCGCCGCUCGUCAAGUUAACCUUGGAAAGUUGGAAGCCACUCGAACAGCCUACACAACAUGUGGAGCUCAUUAAGAAGUGGCGCGGCAUACUGGAGGCGAAUGCGGAUCCGCAAAAUGAGUCGCGUAACAUUUUCGAUCCUUAUUCGUCACUCGUGUGGGCUGGCGUUAUACCGAGUUUCCGUGCAUGCGCCGCCUCCUGGAAUCCCAAAUUGCAUCAAUCCAUGGCUGCGCUACUCGAUUGUUGGGCACCACUCUUUCCCACCUGGAUACUUGACUCGGUGCUCGAGCAAUUGGUGUUGCCACAACUAAGCAAUGGCGUACGCGAUUGGGAUCCACUCACCGACACCGUACCCAUACACAUUUGGAUACUGCCCUGGAACAAUAUACUCGGCCAUAAAAUGGAGGAAUUCAUAUUUCCAACUAUACGCGAGAAAUUGGCCGCUGCUUUACAAGCGUGGAUGCCACAAGAUCGUUCCGCACGCGCUAUGCUCACACCAUGGAAAGGCGCCUUCAACGACAUAGAAAUGCAGCGCUUCCUCUCCCAGCAUAUUAUACCCAAACUACAGCUGGUACUCAAUGAGUUCAUCAUAAAUCCACUGCAACAACAAUUGGAGCUAUGGAAUCAAGUAUGGGAAUGGCAUGAACUAGUGCCCGCAGCGCAAAUGGCACAAUUACUCGAUAAAUAUUUCUUUCCCAAAUGGAUGCAAGUGUUGGUGUUGUGGCUCAAUCAAUCGCCCGACUAUGCGGAAAUCUCCCGCUGGUAUACCGGCUGGAAGAGCAUGUUCUCCGAGGAGAUAUUACGUGAGCCUGUCGUUAAAGAGCAUUUGCGCCGUGCGCUCGAAAUGAUGCAUCGCGCAACCGAUGUGCUGGCCGCACCCACGCUGACAUCUAUACCAACACCGAUUUUAACGGCAACACCACCGCCGCCGCCACCACCAACUAUGUUGGAUAUGCAAAUGGUGACACCGGCGCAAUUGGAAUUCAAAGAGUUGGUCUCACAGAAAUGCGCCGAACGUGGCAUACUCUUUGCGCCGUUGGCGGGUCGCCGGGAGUUGGGCAAGCAGGUUUAUCGUGUGGGCAAAUUGUACUGUUACAUCGAUCGUAAUGUUUGUAUGCUCAGCGAUGUCAGCAUGAAGAACUGGAUGCCCACUUCUGUGCAGCAACUGCUGGAUCGCGCCAUGAUUGGCUAAUAAGCUAUUGUAGACAUUCAAAUAAAUCGUAAUUGUAGUCUUUAA